AUUUUCGUCAAUUCCGAGAAAGACUUCCCCCGACACCGAGCAGUUCCACGAAUACAGAGAAAGCGCGUCGGAACAGCGUUUGGCGUAGGGAGGCAGCGGUUUGUUGCGGAACAGCUACAUUGAAGAACCCAGCAAAAGCAGUUUCCAGCCAGCAUGGCCCAGUGGGCUACCAUCCAGCAGUACCCACAGGCAACAAGGCAGAUCCAGUCCAUCUAUUCCAGUCAAUUCCCCAUCGAAGUCAGACACUUCUUGGCUCAGUGGAUAGAGGACCAGCCAUGGAUGAGUAUCGAGACGGACAACCCCCAACACGAGAGCGUUGCCAGCACGCUGCUGGAGCAGCUGGUCAUGAACCUGUCCAAUAAGGUGCAGGAGUUUGAGGGAGACCAGUUCUUCCCCAUCAGACUCAAGCUGCAGGAGGCAACAGCAACGUUCAAGCAAAACUAUGAACAGAACCCCUUCCAGCUGGUCCGGGUUAUCAAGAACUGUCUGCAAAUGGAGAAAAAUCUCAUUGAGCAAGCCAAAGCACCUGAGCAGAAAGUUGAAUCGACUCCGAUGGUGCCGUCUGUGAGUGCUCAGAUUGAGGUGAAGCUGGAGGAGCAAGUCCAGAGAACUCAGGCAAGUGAGCAGACCUUGAAACAUUUACAGUCGGAGCAGGAGUCAUUCAUCAUUCAGUAUCAAGACAGCCUCAAGAUAACUGCUCAGAUCACGCAGUUGCAGUCCCCGCACCAGACGCAGGAAAUCGUAGCGAAGGAGGCGAUGCUGCGGAAGGAGAAGGAGAAGGUGGAGCAGCAGCUUUCUCAAAAGGCCCAGGAGCUUUUACAGCACAGAAUUACCAUUGCCCUCUACUACAACAGCACCCUGAUGGGUCUUCAGGAGCUGCAGAAGCAGGUGCUUGACACAGAGCUCAUCCAGUGGAAGCGGCAGCAACAGCAGGCUGGCAAUGGAGCCCCUCUCAAUGAAGGACUGGAGACUCUGCAGAAAUGGUGUGAACAGUUGGCAGACCUGAUAUGGCAGAAUCGGCAGCAAAUAAAAAAAGUGAACUUGUUGAGAGCACAACUUCCAAUCGACCUCCCGCCAGGAACCAAAAACCUCCUCCCAGAACUCAAUGACAGCAUCACAGGGCUCCUGUCAUCACUUGUCACAAGCACCUUUAUAGUGGAGACGCAGCCCCCUCAAGUAUUAAAGAAAGAUGCCCGAUUUGCUGCAACGGUUCGUCUCUUGGUUGGAGGGAAACUGAACGUGCACAUGAACCCACCUCAAGUCAAGGCAACCAUUAUCAGUGAGAAGCAAGCCCAGGACUUGCUGAAGAGUGAUGUGAAGGCAAAGGGUGAGAUGAGCGGGGAGAUACUGAACAAUGUGGGGACAAUGGAGUACCAAUCUAGUUCAGGGCAGCUCAGUAUUACCUUCAGAAACAUGCAACUAAAGAAAAUCAAGAGGGCAGAUAGGAAGGGAACUGAGGCUGUAACGGAGGAGAAGUUCUGCAUAUUGUUCCAGUCGGACUUCAAUGUCGGAGGCAAUGAGCUCGUGUUUCAAGUGUGGACAUUGUCAUUACCUGUUGUGGUGACUGUCCAUGGCAACCAGGAAUGCAAUGCCUUAGCAACCAUCUUAUGGGACAAUGCCUUCUCUUCACCUGGACGCAAUCCCUUUGAGGUACCAGAAUCGGUACUUUGGCCGCUUCUGGCCGAACAACUGAACGUGAAGUUUAAAGCUGCCACGGGCCGAGGGUUGACCGAUGACAACAUCAAGUACCUGGCUAGCAAGAUCCUCGGACAGAGUGACGACUACACCAACAUGUCUGUGUCCUGGGUCCAUUUUAACAAGGAGGCUUUGCCAGGAAGAAACUUCACGUUCUGGGAGUGGUUCUACGCUGUGCUGAAGCUGACGAAGGAGCACCUGAAGUCACCGUGGAAUGAUGGGUCCAUCAUUGGCUUCAUCAGCAAGUUCCAGGCCCAGGAGUGGCUUCUCACCAAGACCAAUGGAACAUUCCUCCUGCGGUACAGCGACUCCGAGAUGGGUGGCAUCACCAUCGCAUGGGUAGCUGACAAUGGAAAACUCGAGGUGUGGAACUUGGCUCCCUUUACAUCAAAAGACUUCUCCAUCCGCGGUCUGGCGGACAGAAUCAAGGAUCUCAGCAACCUGGCAUACCUGUAUCCAGACAUACCAAAGAACCAGGCCUUCUCCAAGUACUAUGUGUCAAAUCCAGAGCAGCCCAGUUCCUCUAUCGAUGGCUACAUCAAGCCUACCCUGGUCAAUGUCAUUCCUGUUCCUUACGGUGCUCCAAUGAACUAUGACAACCCGCAGACACCCCAGUUAAUGUCGCCACUGUCCCCAGCCACAACCAUCUACGACCGAAGUCCAGGCUCCGUCCACAGCACACAGCAGAACGUUGAGGAAAUGACGACAGACGCCAAUCAGAUACAUUUGGACGACUUCCUCAUGGGCGACAUGGACUACAACUACCCCGACGACUUCGGCCAGAUCAACGUGAAUGAGCUUCUGACCAAUAGCAACCUUGCGGCUACAUGAACUGCCAUUGCAGGUGACUGUGGUAAACAAUCCAGGUGGUACCAAGAAUGCAACAGCUUGUCACAGAGUAAUCUCCCCUAACGCUGCUUUCCACCUACAGCUUUGAUUCAACACUUUACCCAAUCACACGUCAGUAUCCAGGGAACUGAUCUCGUUUCCUAUCGGAUCAUGCCUCUUGUUCUCCAGCUGAUACUAACAUUUAAUUCAAGUGGACAUAUAUCUUCCUACCUGCAUUUGGACAGAACAGAGACACAAGCUAGUUUGGUCUCCGUUGUACAUAGGAAUCUGAUCUUGUAAUGAGUCGGGCGACGUGUUAGUUUUUAGCACUGUCUGUUGAAUCAGAAAACAUAUACCGAUUUAUAUGGUCUCUGGUUCAAUGCACAUUGUAUAAUAUUCAAUGAUGAAGUGAAUUUGUGUUAUGCCAUAGUCACAAUAUUUCAGUAGUAAAUGUCUUCCGAUUUGUGAAAAAGAAUUUUCUAUUUCUAUCUAGAAACAACAGUUGUUGAGCUCAUUUUAGUGUAAAAAAUAUCUUGAUUGAAAAUUCCAUCUCAAGCUCCCAGGACUUCAAAAGACAGUAUUCAUAUGAAACAAAGCCAAUAUUACAUAUUGUUCUAAAAUAUCAUCAUUGAUGGCUUCUGAUGUGGCAUAAUCAUUUUACAAACACGUUUGUCAUUUGUGUUUUGUGCAAUCGCUGUCCAGCUGGUUAAUGUUUUCGCCAGGUAGAUGUGUACAUAGGUACUGGCUAUGUCAUCUAAUGAUGUAGCUUGCAUAUCAAUGUAAAUAUGUGGUAGGUCUUCAGCUUGAUAGAAGGGGACGCCUGGUUCACAAUGUCAAAACUUGGCUUAAAGCUGAAGUUUGGUUAUGUGAUAAAACUGUUUUGUAUGGAGACUAUGUUUCAUACAGACUUGUAAAAUAAAUGUUUGUUUCGUUAUGCCAAUUUCACAAGCAGUUGUUAUGAGAAUGUUUACUCAAUGAAUAGGAACAUUCUCUGGAUUAUCCAGAAUUCAUAUGCUUUGGAGUUUGAAAACGUGUAGUUUCAGUAAACAAAAGUCUACAAUAUUUUUUAUCAUGCUUAUUUUACAUUUAAAAAAAAAAAUUCAUCCAGAUAUGUACAUAGAUUCACACACACACACACGUUUUCAUUUGGAUUGUUUUCGCUUGCUUGAGAUUGGAAGGCAGGCAGAGUGCUCUCCCUUGUUACAGUGUAAUGUGUUGUCAUAAUUAUUUUGUUUGUUCGUUUUGUUGAUAUAUGCUGCAUGCUGUAAAAAGAAUCUUACAUAUUACAAUUUGUUGCCAUUAUUUUCAGUUAUUAUUCUUUUAUGUGUUUUGCAUAUCAACAUUGUCAGACUGUUACUAGGCAACAGUUAUUUUUCAUUCCAAGGUUUACAGAUCUUAUCAUAAAAGUGAAAAAGUUAAUUAAUUCAUUAAUUUUAACUACUCCACAUUUGUUGGUCUGUGAGAAAUAUCUCUGUAGCUAUAAGUGUGUUUUAUUCAGAUGUGCAUAAUUAUUGAAUGCAUUGUGAUGUAUCCAUAUCAUUCCUGUCAAACAAUCAUUAUCUGUGUACUUUGUAUGGAGCCAUUAACAGCUGUAAACUCAGAGAUGAUAAAUGGCAUGGCUCAUGCAUAUUGUAUAUUCAACACUUAAAAAACAAAAAAAAACAACUUGUAAAACAACAUUUUGGGAUGGGUUUUAUUAUAUUGUAAGUGUACUGAUCUCGACAAACUAGUCUAUUCAUACAUAAUUGUUUAGGAUUCACUAUGAAAGAUAAGCAAGUCAAUGACUUUUUCUAAGAAAACAAAAUUAGCAAGAAUGUACAUUUUUAUGUAGGAGUGUAAUAAAAAAUGUUGGUCGUACAACUAAUUCUUGAGUUGGUCUCACAAGAACCCCAUAUUUUCUAAUUGUGGGCAGACCAGGAACAUUGCUGCAAUAGCAAUAACUGAAUCAUUAACUGAAUGCGCCCGGUCACUUGCCUCUGUCACACCCAGGUCACCUGGAGGGAAGCCAUGUUGGAACGUUCACAUGUAUUAUAUAACCCAACACCGUCUGGUGGGUGGGGGUUGGGGGCGGUUAGUCGGAUGGAUAUGUCAAAUUUAGACUUCUCGAUUUGAAUCAAAUUGUAUAUAACUGAUUCCUGUAAAGCAUACAAUAAGUCAUUUUCAAAAUUGACCGUCAUGUUGGACAAACAUUACGAGCUACAUGGAUGACAGUGAAAGGACUUCUCAUGUGCUAUCUACAAAACAUGCAGAGGAAACUUGGUUUCAGUGGAGGUGCAAAAAGUUACCUCCCUUGUUAGCCUCCAUCCAUUCAAUAAUGUGUCAAACCAAUUUUAUCUGGCUCCUGGUUUAUUUUUAUGCCUUUUUAGCCAAGAAAGCUUGUGUUUUCUUCCCUCAAAAACAAGCUGGUAUAUUAGCAUGACUAUCGAUAUCUCUACAUACUCCGACAUCCUCUGUAUUUGCAUAUAAUGCACCAAGGUAUGUUGUGCACUUGUAGGAUCACAGAUAACGCUUGUUUCGAUGCAAGAUUUAUGAAUGAACACUUUGAAUAUUGUUAUGGGAUACUCUCAUAUGUAAUUAAGUUUUGAACUGAAGGAUUGUAAAUUAUGUGUAUAAACUGCUCGUCUCAGCACGGAAUUGGUCAGCACCUAGAUUGUUGAUGGUGAGAGACGUACACCUUAGGUUAGAGCUGAACUGUCUAGGAGUAGCACUGCUGUGCUACUGCAACCAUGGUAACCAUAUGGCUUGGUCAGCUUUGUGAUAUGUGAUGAUGUGACAGCCCUAUUGACCCGUAUCUAUUAAAUAAAAUUAUCGAAAAAAAGUGGAUGUGCUUUGUUCUUUUGUAAAUGAGAGUGGUUGGUUAAUGCCACUUUGAAAAGUAUUUCAGUUAUAUCAGGGCAUGGUGUGACAAAGGUCAAAGAUGUUUACCGCUUUGGUGAAGCCAAGGCCAUAAUAAGGGCUUAAAACCGAUGACCAUCAUAUCCUGUACAAGCUAAGGGAUGCAACUCUGUGAAGGGAAUGUGGUGACAUCUCCAGUAGGGCCAAGUGAAUGAAUGUUUAAAACUGCAGUCAGCAAUAUCAAGACUCUCUGUUGAUUAUCUGUGAUAAAAAAAGUCUUAAUCCUUACAGGGAAACAACACACCCAAGAUUGAAAUAUGGACAGGCUUUUUCUUUUUGUAUUCAAAAUUUGCUUAUUAUGGACUAUAAUUUUGACUGGUUCGAUUUGUGUUCAGCGCUAUUCUCGCUGCACUAUGCAAAGCAACACAUCAGAGGAUCGAAGUAUGAGAAGCCGUAUAUCAUAACAAAGGUAUGCAAUAAAAGAGCUGCAGCCAAA